UCUACCGCAGAUCCGAACCAAAGCCCAAUCAACGCUACCUGUUUCCAAUUGAGUAUCCAAUCAUACCCGGACCUUUCUAUUAUUGUUGUUUACAUUUGUUCAGUCGGGCGUCUCACAACGACAACAGCAGCCAAACGCACCUCAGGAUUCAACGUUGCUCGCAUCUUAAUGGAAUGACUGAGCCGAAGGAUAGAUCGAUCGCCGCGAGUUAAGAUCAACACCGACAUUGUACGGUAACUAAGGUGCAAACUCGGGGAGGUCGUGUUUAUGUUGUGGAUUUAUUUGCCGUUUAGGGAACGUUCACUUACUCAAACUUGGCCAGAACAGCCCAGGUCGACAUAUAAAAGCUUAAAAGUCUUCAGCGUCAAACUUUAACGUUCUCAUUCAGCCCGUGAGUAGUCAAAUAUCACAGAUUGCCCGAUAACCGUACCGACGGGAUUAACCCCUGUCGGGCUCACUGACUUAGGACUCAUGGAAUGCCGGGAGGGCCUGAGAGGGAGAUUGAGUCCCAGUCAUUUCAGGACAAGUGGUGGACGACUUUUGUUUGGAGAGUGAGAGGAACUGCUGAAAUCCCGAGUGGAAAGUAUUUACCUUGAUACCCCGAAUAGUGUAUAAGUGCGACGUGUUCAAGUGAGGGAGGAGAUUCUUUCACGAUUAGAAAUAAGAGAUGUAUGGAGAUAAACGUCCAUCAACGGAGACUGAUCGACUGUUGUUGUGACGAGCAGCAGACGACAUGUUUAGAAGCAGGUGCACGAAGUAGUCGUAGUGAAGAAUGGAAGAACGUUGCAGAGACACGUUUAGUCAUACAGUUUGACAUCGGAAGCAGACGACUAGAUCCCAAUUGACCGACGCAUCCAGUCCCUUCCAGAACAUCGCACAUGUAUUUGUACGCCGCAUCCGAGGCAGACGACUAGAGAUCAAAGUAUAUUGGUUCUCUCAGUGAAAUAGUCCCGAUUCUGUCUUCUUACUCGAGUUUGACGUUGUUCAUGUUGAAGAUGUAUGUGCCUAUAUGCCAGUUCCGGCAUCUCAAGGAAGUAACACAACCACGCUUGCCCCAGGGGGCUCUCUCACAAAGAUUUCAACAAGAUAGGACGCUUCGUCAUGGAAGGAAAACGAUUGAGCCGGAAAUAACUCACUACAUCAGUGCAUGGAAGCUACGUACUACUCCAUAGGGAAAAACACCUUUAAUCACUGUAAUCUCGGAGUGUGUAAUUGAUUAAUUAGUUUGAAGAUUUGGGAAGUUGAUUACAAAUGACGAAUGACUGUUGAGGCAUAGCAUGCCCAUUGAUAUUCGAUAAUCUUGAGAAAGUUCGCAAGACUAUUUCGCGUGCUAAGCCCAAUCGGAUCCUUUAGUACAAGAUUGCCAGUCACAAAGGCUCGACAUUCGCACAACGCCUUGCAGCCGUGGACGCGUUAUUGAUAAGACAAAUGUUAUGGGUGGUUUGAGAUCACAUUCAUUACGGAAUGACUGGCAGCGAGUAUAAUACGGAACCUACGCGCCGUGGAUACAAUCGGUGACUGAGCCAAUUGUAGGCUAGACGCAUGGGUAUUCAACUACCUGUUACCUCUUCAGGGACGUUUGUAUUGAGAAAAACGCGAUUGUGUACAUAUCUAACAACGGGUCGUUCCGUGAAUGGCAAAAGUGUAUCGUUUGUGGAAAGUCCCACAAUGGUGGCCUAGCAGGUGGACAAAGCCGUUGCUACUUGCUGUCUAUGCUGGUCAAUAAGUUUAUAGAAAUCAGUUCAUAUAAGUGGCAGAAUGCGAUCCAAAACGGGUAUAGCCCCUCGCUUGGCGAGCACUCGCGAUGUGUCUGGGAAUCAUGCCAAUUCGCCAUACCCCCAGUGGAUGAAAUCCUUAGAGGUGAAAUACCAGAAGUUACAUACGAAGAUUAUGCAAAGUACAAGUGUUAGCUCUGUCCGACAGUUGGCUGGACCUCGGUCCAAGAGGUCAGAGGCCAGCGUGUCCAGGCUGAGUAACAGAACUCGUAACUCUAUACCGAUCAGACGAUCAGUUUGUAAAAGCAGUGUUGACAUUGGCUUAGGGAGCAUUGGAGCCGGGGUGAACGCCGGGGACGACUUCGAGGACGAUGAUAGUGACGACGACAUUCUGAAGGUGCCCAUGACACAGGAUCCAUGUGCUUCUAGGCGGGAGAAUGUACCGGAUGUCAAACCGUGGCGGGAAAGAUCAGAGGUUGCAAAGACAGCAGACGAGAUUUUAAAAGCGUCUGGUGUGAGGACGUGUGGAGUUGUGGAUAACACGACCACGAACGCCAUGAACUCUCAGGGUAAGAAUGUUGGCCAUGCGACCAACGUGGCUCAGUCAAUGGAUACUCUACUACCAACGCCACGAAAUGUAAAUACAUCUGUAAGUAGAGUAAGUAACAAGACUUCUAGAUCAUGUCCCGCGGUUAUACAAUCUGCAAAUGACUUCCCCAGACCAUCGGGGCUGAGACAGCCAUCUCGGCUACCUAGACCUACUAGACGAAAAAAUUUAAAAGUGUUUUCACGUAUGUCGUUAGAGGCACAAUACGCUAUAAAUGAGACAUUGAAUGAAAUGGGUGCUGAGAACUCUAGUCUAAAGCCAGCAUCUGUAACUGGAGAGGAUGGCCCAAUAAUAAAUGACAUUGACCCAAGCGUUCUCGCCAGUGGUGUGCUAUCUACAUGUGAAGUCGAGAAUGGAUCUUUAGACAGUGCAAGAAGUUGUGCAUCUAGUACUACUACUACUGAGUUAAUGGACUCUCGAGACAGAGGAGCACUAGGGGGAGACAAGUGUCUCUUUCCUCAGAUAAGCCUCAAAUCGAAUAUGUUACCUAAAUCCUCUUCGGUUGAAACACUGAACAAUGCAGAAGCGAUGAGGAUCCCGGGGGUGGGGAAGUAUAAUGUCAUCAGGCGGGAGAGAACUUUUCAAAUAACAUUUGGUGACUUCGACAUACGUUACAGGGACAUUAUCUCGUGCGACCGAAGGGGGUCUGAAACGCCCCCAGCAGAGAUCCGUGAGAAAGCGAUAGCCAAAUGUACCCAAUGGUUGGAGAAGUACAUGCCUAGGUAAUACAUAUAUGGUAAUAUAUAAUUUAGCUCAUAUAUGUACUUUUUUACCAAAGUGUCUUAUAUUUGCAAAAAAAACUCAUAACAGGAUUGUGAUGCGGUUUCCGAUUACACUACAUUUCAAAAUAGGUUGGGCAGGUAGACUUGAACAUAUAUGCACGGUGUUGGAUUAUUAAUGUGGAAGACACCAGUGUCUGGUAUAGUCUUUCAUGUGUUCUCUUUGUUUUAUCACGAACAGUGAAAUAGUAAAACAAAAGUGAGAAUCGGCGCCUAAAACUAUGGUCGGUAGGGUAAUCGGAACCCAACAAGUUGUUUAGUCCUUACGUUUUCGGAGAAUAUUCGUUAUCGUUACGUGUGCCUAGACGUAUGGAAAACUUGAAAGUCCACACCAUGGCUAAAUACUGCUAACUUAACUUUUAAUUCACCAACACGAAGGUCACGAAAGGUACAAGGAACCCUCCUUAGCUCGAACAUCGUAUACUCGAAUGUAUGUUAAGGUGAAACUUGGGUUAUUGCUGGGACUGCUGAACUGAUAUAUCGGACGUCCUUAGUGGUCACUACUCUAUUUCACAGUCCCUGAACCAUAUUAUUUUCCCUUUUGUCUCGUCCUUAACGAAGCACGUUUAGACAUUCCACACAUUCUGGGCCUCCAAUCUCAUCAGGGCCCCUUUUCAUUUUAAAUAUAGUUGGUUGUUUCUAUCAAAAUUAUACAUUUUCAGAGCCUAAGCGUUCGUCUAAGUGUUCACAAGCAUGCUAUACAUAGUCCUUUGACAAUAAGGAGUUUCAGCCAGUGUCACUACUGUUAUGUGGAACAGUGAUAGCAACGCUGACUGGUUAUUUUGUCAUAAAUACUCCUUCGUUAUUUUUUCAUAAAAAGAUUUAUUAAAAAUGUAUGGGAAUUUAAGUUUUAAAUUGAACAUCAUAUAGGGACUGGUAUUUAUU